UGCUGUACAAGUUUAUUCAGGAGCGGUGUGUGAUAACUCCAACAUCUUAUCACAAUUAUUGAUAAAACUGAAAUGAAUUUGGAGAGGAUGCGGACUGAGCGAGUGAUAAUGAGGUCCCUGUGUCUGCUGGCCAUGUGUGCGGUCGUGGCACUGUGCAAGCCCACGUCCGAGAAGAAGGACCGGGUGCACCACUCCAAGGACCUGGACGGACGGGAGCACCAAGAUGACAAAGGAUACCAGUUCGACCACGAGGCCUUCCUGGGCAAAGAGGGUGCAAAGACCUUCGACCAGCUCACUCCGGAGGAGAGCAAAGAGAGGCUGGGGAAGAUCGUGGACCGGAUUGACCAGGACCAGGAUGGACUGAUCACUGCCGAGGAGCUGACGGCGUGGAUCAAACGGGCACAAAACCGCUACAUGGACGAGAACGUCAAUAGACACUGGAAGGACUACGACCUCAACCAGGAUGACAAGGUCUCGUGGGACGAGUACAAGAACACUACCUACGGAUACUACAUCGGCGGUGAGGAGUUCAGUGACGUCAGUGAAAGCGAGGACAGGGCCAGCUACAAGAAGAUGUUGAGGAGGGAUGAGCGAAGGUUCAAGAACGCAGACAAAGACGGCGACCUCAUCGCCACAAAAGAGGAGUUCACUGCAUUCCUGCACCCUGAGGAGUUCAACUACAUGAAGUCUGUUGUUGUGAUGGAAACCAUUGAAGAUAUUGACAAGGACGGUGAUGGCAAGGUGGACCUGAAUGAAUAUAUCGGUGACAUGUACACACCAGAAGAAGGCGAGCCUGAACCAGACUGGGUGAGGAACGAGCAGGACCAGUUCAAAAAGUUCCGUGACCUCGAUAAAGAUGGGAAGCUGGACCACCAGGAGAUCGAGCGUUGGAUUCUCCCAGGAGAUUACGACCACGCCUUGUCAGAGGCCAAGCAUCUGAUCCACGAGUCUGAUAAAGAUGAGGACGAGAAGCUGACAAAACAGGAGAUCUUAAACAACUGGAAUAUGUUUGUUGGCAGCCAAGUGACCAAUUAUGGGGAGGACCUAACACGAAAGCACGACGAGCUCUGAGUCGCAAGUCAGGGUUGUCGAUCUAUCCAUCCAUCGGCACCAAUCCCACAGAGAUUGCACCAGAAACAUUUUUUUUAAACCAACCCAGGAUGUGAAUAAUUUGAAAUGUGAUCAAAAACGUUAAUUGUAUUCGGUUAUUCUGCUUCCCUUUAAAUGACUGUGUCCCAUCCAGCUUAAAGAGAGGGUUUCAAUGUUCUGUUGGAGAUGUGUUUGACUGGCUCUUCCAUGAUGAAGGAAGUGGCCCAGAAAAGGAUCCACAUGGCAAAACUGUAAAUGGGUUAAUUUAUUCCAGACUUUGGCAUUCCAGCUGAGACUGAGCCCCCCCCCCCCCCCCCUUAGCUUUUAGCGUCUUUUUUUUUCUUUCUUUCAUAUCUCAAUCUCCUUUACUCCUACAAAGGGUUUUUAUUUCUUUAAGCAUUAAUGUAUGGCCUAUUUGAUGGCUUCAGCCACCCCCAAUGCACAAUCCUGUACAAUCUUCAAUAGAUUGAUGCCUUGUCCUCGCUGCUCCUGAGCAGACAUCUCUGUCCUGGUGGGUGAAGCCCAGUUAACGCUGGAGUCCACUGCUGCCGCCAGCACCAUUGCUCCCAUCCCCAGCAGUCCGCAGGUUCCAAAUGACCCAGGGUCGUGCAAGGUUGAUGAUAGGAACUCAGUAACAGGUAACACAGUCACUAAGCUUGCAUGCCCAUCAGAGUUGAGAAUCUGGUCCAAUCAGAAAUUUUAAUUUAACUUGUGUUUUAAUACAAUCUGCUCACCAUUUUUGGGACCAAAGGUUUGAUAGCAAACCUGUUAGUUCCUGUGUAUGAGCCCCAAUUUAAUUCCUGUCACUGAUAAACUUGUAGAUCCCUGGUAUUGUGCAGCUAAUGGAAAUCUCUACUUGUGACUAAUUUCUGCACACAAUCUGAAAUUUACUUUAACCCAUACAAAGAAAGAUCUAAAAGAGAGGCUCAAAACCACAAUAUUGAUUAUUUCAUAACAGAGAGAGACCAGUGUAAAACCAUUGUGAAGAGCUUUUGCAAUAUGUUACUGAGAACCAUCUGUAAAUGUGUUCUUUGAACUGUUAAGACUUGUUUGUGGUUUUUGCCAUCCCAUUUGCUUCUUUGUUUGGAUGACAAACUAUCAGAAGAAGAGUUACAGGUAGUUCAUAGGAAGUGCUUUAACAUUACGGAGAGACGAUGGUCAAACACAAUGAGGUGCAGCCAACACGGUCCCGGUAUCAAUGCAUUUUUUAUUCCACAUCCUCCAUUAUUUUUUGUGAAAGAUUAUGUUCAGAUAGAUGGGUGGGAAGUUUGGCUGUCUGUAUAAAUCUAAUUCAUUCCUUGCACGGGGGAUGGAAUAUGUUCAAAGCUAUAAACUUUAGGGCCCAGUCUCUCUCCACCCUUCUAGUUAGAAACCAAAUCUUUGUAGUCACUUUCUACUUGAGGGUGGAAAGAGAGAAUGUUCUUGUUUCCAAUAUAGGAACUAAAAUACACUAUUGGCAAAGGGUAAAAGGAUCCUAAGUCGAUGUAGAUAUGAGGUGGGGGUAACUGGUAAAAAAUUGUCUGCAUGAUCAGUGCAUGGAUAUACCAAAUGGCUGUCUCCCAGUUUUCCUCCAAGGAAGCCCCACCAAAUAAAUGGUUCAAACUAAAAACUGUACAACUGUGCAGUUAAUUUUCCACACCAACCUGCAGUGUGGUCCAAGUGUGGUGAAGCAGUUUGCCUACUGACGGCUCAAGGGCAGUAAUUCAUGUGCAAUAUCCAACCUGUCAGUAGGGUUACCCCUCACCUUUUUACUCUGUGACAAUUUAAGGCAAACUGAAAUCUGUGGCGAUGAGCUUGGGAAAAUAAAUGUAGCGCUACCAAACUCCAACCUGUGAUCAGCCAGAAGGGUUGACCUUCUCUUGGCCGUCAGGCUCCAGUUCUAGCGUAUGGGUGAGCAUCAGAAUCUAAUAUUGCUGACUGUGACUGAGCGUAUUAGAACAUAGGAAAUUACAAAAGCCCAGGCCCACUAUGUUGAGAUGACCUUUAACCUAUCUAAGAUCAAUCCAACCCUUCCCUUGGACGUAACCCUCCCUCCUUUCUUUCUAUCAUCCAUGUUUCUUAAAUGUCCCUACCACCAUAUCCAGCAGGAUGUUCCACAUACUCACCACUCUGUUUUUGAAAGAAACACAAACUACCUCUGGCAUCCUCCUAUACUUAUCAACUUAAAACUAUGCCCCAUGUAUCUGCCAUUUUCACCCUAGAGGGAAAAAGUUUUGACUAUCCACUUGAUUAUGCCUCUUAUCACCUUGUACAGUUCUAUCAAAUCACCUCUCAUCUUCCUCUGCUCCAGAGAAAAGCCAGGGCUCGCUCAACCUUUCCUCAUUGGGCACGCUCUCGAAGCCAGGCAGCUUCCUCUGCACCCUCUCUAAAUUAGUCAUAGCCCCCUUUAUUGCUUCUGCCUAGCCAAACAGCUUUCUUUAGAAAUUCCCAGCUCGGAAUGGGGUAGUGGUGGGUAGGGUGGUUAGAGUGACAGUACUUUCUGCUUCUGCUCAUUAAGCUCUACCUUGCAAAGUGAACAAGCAGGGUUCAGCGUGGUAUUGGGGUUUUGUUCCAGUCGAAUCUUUGAAGAAAGUUCUGGAAUGCAUUCUGGCAGUUAAUACCUCUGGACCUUGACCCAGUGAGGUUUUGUACAUCAGAAUUGAGAAAGAGGGAGGGAAUGCCAAAGCAGAUGUAAAUGCCAUGGGUUUACUAAGCUCACAUGGCCUUGCUCAUUACUGCUGGAUUUUUUUGGUUCCAGGAUGAACGUGGGGAAGGUGUCGUGCUGUGUCAACAGCACCUUGCUCUAUAUGUUUGACAAGAAACCUCAAUGAGUCAAUAAAUCUUUAAUAUAAUGCUGUGUUGUCUUCUUUACAAAAUAGGUUUCUAAAGAUUCUGCAAAUCCAAAACGUCUCUCCCACACAUACACAUACAAUGUUGGAGGAACUCAGCAUCUCUGCAGGGAAAUAACAUUCAGGCCGAGACCCUUCAUCAAGUUAAGAUUCUUGACUGUUCAUUCCCCUCCAUAGAUGCUGCCUGUCCUGUUGAGUUCCUCCAGAGUCUCUUGUUUCUACCGCCCCCCCCCACCAAAAAUAAAAGCUAUGCAUGGAGAUUCCAGUUUUAUAUUAGUUCUACCAGAGUAACUUGCCUUAAAUUAUUU